AAUUUGAAUAACAGAGCAAACAGCACACCAGAGAUCACAGCAGCUCACUUACCAGGCACAGGCAGAUAAAGAAAAUGAAGUUCCCUGUGGCACUAGUCCUCUGCACGGCUGCCUUACUGGAGCCUGGCAGCAGCUUCCCCAAUGUAGAAAGGAAAGGCGCGCCGGGAAAGGAAAAAAAGGUCCAAUACGCCUCCUGGGAUGAGGUCAACGUCAUCGCCCACGGUCUCCUUCAGUUGGGCCACGGUCUCAAAGAGCAUGUAGACAAGACCAAGGGCCAGAUCAAGGACAUCUCCAGCAAGAUGUCUUCCUUCAACAGCACCGUGGCUGAGCUGAGCAUGCAGUCCAAGCAGCUGCAGGUGGAUGGCGAGGCUCUCAAAGCCAGGGCGCAAGGGCUGGAGGAGAAGGAGAGCCUGGCAGCCAACGUCUCUGAAGAACUGAAGCAAAGGGCCGAGCAGCUGGAGACAGACAGCAAGCGGGUCAACGAGAGGAUGAGCCGGCUGGAGGACAUGCUGAACGGGCUGCUCAAGGCCGAGGGCAGCAAUGCCAGCACGAGCAACGGCAGUCAGGCCGACCUCCACAGCUUGCAGUUCCAACUUGAAGCACAAACCCGACGCAUCGACGAGCUGGUGGAGCGAAUCCAGCAGCAGCAAGAGAAGCUGGACAAGCAAAACGCCCGCAUCCGAACUCUUCAGUUUCAGGUGGAACAAAGCCGAGUAAGCAGUCCACGAUGGAAAACCGUUUUAAAGCGACGAGUUGACGCCAAUGAAGCCGCAGAGCAACUUUCAAAUUCCACCGGCCUUUCCGUAGACUGCCAUGACCUUUUUCUAAAAGGGGAACGACAAAGCGGUUUAUAUGCCAUUCAGCCUGUUAACUCCCAGCCAUUUCAGGCCUACUGUGAGAUGACUGAUGAAGGAGGUUGGACCGUAAUUCAGAGAAGAACAGACGGUGCCGUGGAUUUCGAUCAGCUCUGGCAAGCCUACAAGAAUGGCUUUGGGGAUUUUAAUGGAGAGUUCUGGCUUGGUCUAGAAAGGAUUCGCGCUUUGACACAGCAAGGUGGCUAUGUUCUACACAUUGAGCUGAAGGACUGGAGUGACCAGACCCAGUUCAUCGAGUUUCCAUUCAGCCUCGGAGGGGAGAACACCAGCUACAGUCUCUACGUCCAAGGAGUGGCGACAGGCAGUGUGGAGAACGCCCUCACCAAUGACUUGACUGGCGUCCCCUUCUCCACCCGUGACAGGGACAACGACCUCAAGCAAGAUAUCAACUGUGCAAAACAUCUUAGCGGUGGCUGGUGGUUUAGCAACUGUGGACGAGCAAACCUGAAUGGAAAAUAUUUCAGUCGAAUUCCCCGGCAGAGACACGAGAGGAAGCAAGGUGUCUUCUGGAAGACGUGGCGGGGCCGCUAUUACCCACUCAAGAGCACCCUAAUGAAGAUCGCCCCUGCCGAGCUGGAGUACGAGUCGUAGAGGGACUGCGCCCGUUUCCUUACCACUCGUGUAACAAGACUGGAACCUCAUCCUUCCUGCUGAGUCAUCGACCCUGGUGCUAAAGACAAUGUUUACAGACCUGGGCUGGCACGAAGCGGCUUGACGCACGCGGACCCCCUCCUGUGGACCCAUGGCUGGCAAAAAAAGACAGAGAAUAAAGGAAAA